AUGACCCACAACGAAUUUAACCCGUUUACUGGUCGAUUAAAGGAAUCUACACGAUUUCAACCAUUAUAUCCAUUAAAUCCUAGUGUAUUAAAUACAUCAGAACAAAAAAUAAUUUGGGACACCAUGAAGACUAAACCAGCUGAAGUUAAGUCACAAGGUGUUGGUCAAGCAACCAUUGAUCUUAAAUUGCUUGAGAAAUAUUCAUUUUUCCAGAAAGAUUUGAACAAACCCGUGUAUAGACUGGCAGGAGGCAGAGAUAAGAUAUUAUAUGGUGUAACACUUGCAUUAAUGUCUGUGGCUCUUGUUGAUGCUGGAACAUUUUUAUAUGAACUUAACAAAACUAAUAUAGAUUUCUAA